AUGAGCGUGGAUGCAUUGGGAAGCCCCGUGAUGGACCCUACGUUUUCCAAACGGAACACGGCGCUGAGAUUAGUUGACUUGGCAGGGGCUCACCACCAUCACCAUCAUCACCACCAUACCCCUCAGAGCGUGACAGGCUUCCCGGGGUUCAGCAGCCAUCCACACUCAAUGGCUCACUCGCACCCUGGGGAGAUUACUGCGGAACCCCGCCUGGGGCCGAGUCCAUUCGGGCCAGAACACAUGGGGCACUCCGCGGCCCUCAAAAUCAGCCCAGCCCAUCAUUAUCCCCACCACCAUCACCACCACCACAAUCAUCAUAUGGCAGGCCACAGUGAAGUGGUCUCCAGUCAAACGGGAGCUUUUGGCCCGGUUCAGGCGACAUCGGUCCCCUAUUCUAUGUCUCACACGGCCCAGGCUUUAUCCGCAGGUAGCUAUCCCGGACACUAUGGUCAUCACCCUGACGCUGGGAACCAUACCCUCUUCUCCGGACUCCAUCACGACCAGCCUUCUAGCGGAUCACCGGGUGGCCAAGCGUUGAAUGGACAAAUAAGGUUAGGACUACCUGGAGAAAUGUAUGUUAGGUCUGAUCACUUGAGUCAAGUGGCAAGCUCCAGGGCUGAUCCGUUCUCCGCCUCGCCGUUGCAUGGCUACGGUGGUCUAAACCUGAACAUGAAUCUCAGCGCUCACCACCACCACCACCACGGAGCCGGAGCCUUUUUCCGCUACAUGAGGCAGCCGAUAAAGCAAGAGCUGAUAUGCAAGUGGCUGGAGCCGGAGCACUCGCCGAAGAAACUUUGCUCCAAAACUUACAGCACCAUGCACGAACUGGUAACGCAUGUGACGGUGGAGCACGUCGGAGGACCAGAGCAGGCGAACCAUAUAUGUUUUUGGGAAGAGUGUCCGAGGGAAGGCAAACCAUUUAAAGCCAAAUACAAACUUGUAAAUCACAUUCGAGUGCACACCGGGGAGAAACCGUUUCCAUGCCCCUUCCCUGGCUGUGGGAAAGUGUUCGCCAGAUCCGAGAAUCUUAAGAUUCACAAAAGGACGCACACAGGUGAGAAGCCCUUCAAAUGUGAGUUUGACGGCUGCGACCGACGCUUCGCCAACAGCAGUGACCGGAAAAAGCACUCCCACGUCCACACCAGCGAUAAGCCCUACAACUGCAAAGUGAGAGGCUGCGAUAAAUCCUACACACACCCCAGCUCCCUGAGGAAGCACAUGAAGGUGCACUGCAAGUCCCCCCCGCCCAGCUCGGGCUACGAGUCGUCCACCCCGUCCCUGGUCUCCCCCUCCUCAGACUUGGGCCGGGAGCCAGGGGGCUCCUCGGUGCUGUCGGAACCGGUGGGAGCCUCCCAGCCCGCGAAUUUAAGCGAAUGGUACGUGUGCCACAGCUCAGGUGCCAGCGGCGCCCAAACACCACCCAGCGGGCGCUCCACACCCGACCCCGCGGACGAGCCACCUUACAGAAACCCGGAACCGAGGGACGCGUUUUAA